UUAUCAUCACUCAGAUUCGUCAAAACAAUUAUUGGCUUCUGGUUCUGAAACUCACAAAAUUGCCGUUUGGAAAAUUUAUAACGAUUGAUUACUUCCUUGCUUUACCAGUUUAGGAUUAUCUUAAAAUUUUGUUAUAUUUCAACAAAGAUGAACAUAUUUUUGGGAUCGAUUCCUGGAUUUAAUGCUACAAUAAAGGCCAAGUUUAAUCACUUCUUAGUAGAUGAAAUAUCCAACUUUGAAGAAACAGAUGGAAGGCUUUCUUCAGACCAAACAUCUGCAAUUAUUGAUCAAAGUUUAAUUUUGAAAAGAAGAGCGGAGCAAACAUCUUCGAUCCCCUCAAAACGCAGUAAGACAGAAACAAAUGUCCCAACAAGCAUUAAUUUUGAAUGCGAUAUCGGCUGGUGCAAGACAUUUUUACAGGAAAAGUUAUCAGAGUCUGUUUUUUCAAAUUUACAAAAUUUUGCUAAAGUGGCUUUGGAUAACUGUCGGAAUAAAAAUAUUGAUCCACUGAAAAUUGGAACUUUUUCAGUAAAACUUGAGAGAUUGUUACUGCAUCGUAGUAUUAGUUAUUUGUUUCCACAAUUGAAGACGAUUACUACUCCACGUUCUGAUAUUAUAACUGCAGACAUCAACGGCGAUUUUCAACAGUUUCAAAAUUUAAUUGGGGUGGAACAAACCGAAAGCUUGCUGAGAUUUGUAUUGGUGGAGAGACUUGAGAAGUACAAGAACAGUGUGACAAUAGAAGGUGAAUAUUCUAAGGAAAUUCGACGCCAGAUUCACCAUUUGAUAGGAAGUAGUUUUGGAAAAUUUGUAGAAACAAAAACCUGGACUGGCAAUGAUGGAAAAAGUAGAAUUGUUGUCAGAAUAAAACAACGCAAGGAGAAAAAGAAUACAAAGGAAAGUGAUGACAUUACAGCGUUCACUCUUUGGAAAAAGAACACUGAAACACACAGUGCAAUGCAGCAACUUUCUAUGCAUCUUCAACUACGUCCCCACAUGUUUAAAUAUGCUGGAAUUAAAGAUAAAAGAGCAAUCACCACGCAAUGUUGCACUGUAUCUGGAAUUGGAUCGGAAAGAUUCCAAAAAGAGUGCGAGUCACUACCUAGUCAUCUUCGAGUCAGUAAUAUACGACCUGUUUCUCGUGCAAUAUGUUUAGGAGAAUUGGCCGGGAAUCAUUUCACUAUCAGGCUAAGCAAUGUUCAUCGCCUGAAACAAUGCGAAACAAAAACGAGUGUAAGGAAGGUCGUAGAAUCUGCUUUGGAAGAAGUGAAGACAACUGGAUUUAUCAAUUACUUCGGGCCACAAAGAUUUGGACGUAAGAUUUCGUCAUCUGGCACACAAAUUGAAAAGCGUUAUUCUCCUAAUGAAGAAGCCCCAAUCAUCGGUCUGGCAAUGUUGAGAAGCGACUUUAAACGGGCAGUUGAUGUUUUAUUGUCUCCCGUUGAAAAUGUGACGUCACCACGAGUAAAUGAUGCGGAAGAAGCGAAAGCCUAUUUCCAAUCUACGGCAGAUAUAGCAGGAGCCUUGGAACGGAUGCCUCGACACAAAAUACGGGAAAUUUCAAUCUUACGUACCCUGCGUCGUUACGGCACCACGGACAAUCACGCAUACGUCAAAGCAUUGAUGGGACUGACGCAUAGUGCAAGACUAUUUUACGUACACAGUUUUUGCAGUUGGAUAUGGAACAAGAUAGCGGCUCUGCGUAUUCAACGAUAUGGAAAGAAAGUCGUGACUGGAGAUCUAGCUUUGAAGAAAGACUCAGAUAGUCUUGGAACUAACUCAGAAGCAAACAAAGAAAAGGUAUUUGUCGUAACCGAUGAAGAUAUUUUACUCAGGCGUGUUGAACUUGGAGAUGUCGUGCUCACCGUACCUGGUAAUCAAGUUAUGUAUGCACCUAACAUGAAGGACGAAUAUAUGAAAUAUUUUCAGUUCUACGAACCAACAGGCGAUAUACAUAACGAUUCAUCCACCGAAUCUCAAAAAUUCCGCAUCCCGGAGUUGAAAUUGAACGCGCCUGGAACGUACCGGAAGCUUCUUGAGUUCCCUUUGAAUUUGAGUCACAGAUUUCUGGGUUUUCACAAGUCGCCCAUCACUGAAAGGUUGUCAGAUACACUCAAAACACAAAGCGAAAACUUAAACACAAUCGAAUGCGAAGUAACUGGAGUAAGUGCGGAGGAAGUCGAUGGCUUAUCAUCUGGUGCACCUCCUCUGGCUUGUGGGAAGGAGCACUCUAAUAUGAACAGAGAAAAGCUCACAAUAAGUACAUUGUCUAAUGAUACGGAUUUAAAAUAUAACUCUGGUUCUAGUGAUCUUCCACAGUGCCAGGUCAAGGUAGACGGUGCCGCAAAGAAUUUGCCGGUUUGUGACGUUGAAAUUGAAUUCGAUUUACCCCCCUCUUGCUAUGCCACCACUUUCAUCAACGAGUUAACUAAAGGAAACAUGAAAUGUUGAAAUAAAGUGAAUUGAAUGCAAUCUG